AUGGUCAACAACUUCAGCUUCACCUUCGCCGGCGUGCCCGUGGGCUUCGGGCAGAGCCUGGCCCCGGCCCUCGGCUUCGGCCUGUCCCAGCAGAACCACGACGCGGUGUACGCGCGCCUGCCGGCCCUCGGGGACGGCGUGGCGACUGUGCACGUCGACGAAGGCUCCCGCCCGGUCUACUUCAACGCUGCGAGCGAGUACGUUGGCGCCACGGAGACGACCGGUCCCGCCGCCCGCCCGCGCUCGUACCGUAUCCGCGUCGAUGACGGGUACAUCGUCUCCGCGCUCGCCAUCUACCCCGACGGCACCUAUGGCUCGACUGUGAAGAAGGCCGACGCGUGGUUUGGUACCACCACCACUGGUAUUGCGCUCGGCGAGAAGAUUGAGGGUGUAGCUGUUGAGGAGGUGGAGGCCGAGGCGUAA